AUGUGGGCUCUUGUUCGAGCUGUAUAUUGCCCACUUCAUAUUGAGGAUCAAAAGCCUACAGAACGCCAGGAGGAUUUGCCAGCACACCCUCCUCCUCCUGAAGUAGAGCCUGUAAAGCCUAUAAUACCUAAGGCCCCCGAUCUUCCACCUCUGGUGUGGGAAGGCUCAUCAACUAGAGAAAAUGGGGCUAACAGUCCGUUUACAAAAGGACUCAAUGCUUUGUCUGAAAAUUAUCAUAUGAUGCGUUGUGACUGGCAUGUUUUAGCUAAAAUGACUUUAGAUGCCAGUCAAUGCUAUGGAGAGCAGAAUAUGAUAAGACCUGUAAACAACAAGCUGUGGGUGUUCACUGGGACCCUACCUGGGAGCCCUCUGGGCUGCAUUCUGGCUUGCCUUAUCAUGCAAUGGAUUCAGACCGUCAUCCAGACCAGUCACACUUCUGUGCAAAGAAUUGAAUUAGAAGCUAUCAAGGCUGCGCUGCAGGAUUUCCAAAAGCCUCUUAAUAUUAUUUCUAAUUCUGCCUAUGCUGCUGGCUUGGAAGUUGUUUGGGACCAGCUCUUGUCUUCCUCAGCAGCCCAAGUUGAUCUUCAAACCUCCAGCUCCAGACCCCACAGAUUCUUUUCACAAGAAACUUGUGAAGACAUUGGUGACAAGUCACUGCCUUCAGGCAACGGUAUGGGGCACAAUCCAGAAGGUGACACCACAGAAAGAAGACCAAGACGUUGGGGUAUUUACCGAAGGAGAUAUAACAAUGUGUCUAAACAAGUAAGUUCUGGCAUUCAUCUUUCAUCCCACAAGCAACAAGAUGGAGAUUCAGCAACAAGUGAUGCUCACAUGGACACCCGAGUAAGAUAUGCUCCCUAUGCCAUUCCACACUGUCAUUGGAGAGGCAAUUUUCAGGAACGAGUCCAAACCCAUAUUAACAAAGAAAGAGAGCAAAAUCCUCCAGAGACAAAAAUGGAGGAGAAGAAGCAGGAUGAGACCACAGGAAGCUGGUUCAAGAUCACAAUUCCAUUCGGCAUAAAAUAUGAUGAGAAGUGGCUGCUGAAUUUGAUUCAGAAGCAAUGCAGCGUCCCCUUUACUCCAGUCGAAUUUCACUAUGAGAAAAUGCAGGCCCACUUCUUCGUUGAGAAUGCCAGUAUUGCCUUUGCAUUGAAGAAUGUUGGUGGCAAGAUUUGUGAUAAGAAUAAUGAGAAGAUAUCUAUCUUUGUCAUCCCCUCUAAUGCACCCCAGGCUGUGCAGAAGGAGCUGAAGUCAGCAAAGGAGGAUCAGAUAAAGGUAAUGCAGACUCCAGAUCAGUUGAAGGGACUGGGGCUACAGGCAUCUUGGCUCUCUUUCUCUGGUCUAUGUGGUUCCUCCCCAUAAUCACAGGUGAAGUCAGCAGAGGAAUUGGACCAGGGCAAAGGGCUGGAGCCAGAAGACAUGAGUGCAAAAAGAAACCCCAUAUGCACCACCUUACCAGAUAAUUCAACCAACGUAAGCUGCAUCCUGGAAUUGUUCCCCAAGUUAUUAUGCCUGGAUGGUCAGGAGCCACCCCCACCAACUAAUUUGGGGAUUGAAGCCCACAAGAAUGUACCAUCCUGUAAGGGAAGUUUCUUUGGAUCUGACCCACUGAAGAAUCUAGUCUUACAAUUUCUGAAGCAAUAUUACUCUAUCUAUGACUCUGGAGACCGGCACUGUCUUCUCUGUACUUAUCAUGACAAGGCCUGCUUCUCCCUGACCAUUCCUUUCAACCCCAAGGACUCAGCCCAAAGCAGCUUGUUUGAGUACUUCAAGGAUAACAGGAAUAUGAAGAACCUCAAGGACCCCAACCUGCGUUUUCAGCUGCUGAGACAUACAAAACGUGACAUUACAUGCACGCUCUGUGUGUUACCCAAAACUCAGCAUGACCUGAGCUCCUUCGUGGUGGACAUGUUGUUCCAGUCGGAAAGGAUGCUCUGCUUCUGUGUCAAUGGGGUGUUCAAGGAAGUGGAAGGAAGGUCUCAGGGUUCUGUUCGUGCCUUCACCCGGACCUUCAUCACUACCCCUGCCAGCGAUUCCAGUCUAUGCAUCAUGAAUGAUGAACUGUUUGUGAGGGACGCCACGCCCAACACGACUCAGAGUGUGCAUUCCAUAGAAGUGCCUACACCCACCACCAGCUCCAUGACCACCCUUUCCCAGGAGCAGCAAAAAAUGGUGCAGGUUUUCUCCACCAAGUCUGGAAUGAGCCUCCAGUUGUCUCAGAAGUGUCUUCAUGAUAAUCACUGGGACUACACUAGAGCUGUACAGGUGCUCGCUCUGUGCAAGGCCAAGUACAAGCUCUCAGAGGAGGCCCUCCCACAAGCUAAUCCUGGAUCCUAA